GGAGGAGUCUACUUUUCACGCCGCCCUCUUAGCACGCCGACCACACAGCAGGCCGCCGCGACGUGCUCUCACGACUGUGUCCACCACUCUGGCCCUGGCGGACUACUUUUCCACCGUCAUAUCGACAGUAAAUUUCCUGUACACGUACAAAUGCUGUCUCUGCAUGAAAAAAUUUGCCUUCAAUCCUAGUGUAGCAUGACAAGUUGUACACUGCAAGUUAGCAAAAUGUGUCAUGCAUUUUGUACAUGUACAGGAAAUUUUAAUUUACAUUGCAUACGUCACUCACCACUUUUACGACAUUUUCAUUUACACCAACCGACAACUGAUUCUCACCGGCAGCGCCGCUGCCACCUUUGCC